UUCAAUCUCCAUCAUAUUCAUAUGUGCUUCUUCUAAUCUGGACUCAAAAACACACACACAAAACACACACACAGAGACUAAAUGGCUCUUAGAAUGUGGGCUUCUUCCACAGCCAAUGCUCUAAGGCUCUCCUCUGUUUCCAGACCUCAUUUCUCCCCUCUUUCCAGAUGCUUCUCUUCAGUUCUGGAUGGGUUGAAGUAUGCAAAUUCACAUGAAUGGGUGAAGCAUGAAGGCUCUGUUGCUACAAUUGGUAUCACUGACCAUGCUCAGGACCAUCUUGGAGAGGUGGUGUUUGUGGAUUUGCCGGAUGUCGGUGGCUCGGUAACCAAAGCCACCGGAUUCGGGGCAGUGGAAAGUGUUAAAGCCACCAGUGACAUUAACUCCCCGGUCUCUGGAGAGAUCGUUGAGGUCAAUUCAAAGCUCUCCGAAACUCCCGGUUUGAUCAAUACGAGCCCGUAUGAAGAUGGAUGGAUGAUUAAGGUGAAGCCGAGCAACGCAUCGGAGUUGGAAGCUUUAAUGGGUGCGAAAGAGUAUACGAAAUUCUGUGAAGAAGAAGACGCUUCUCACUAGACUUGAACAUACACAACGUCCUAUGAAUUUUUUUCGUUUCUUCCUCAACUUCGACUAACUGAAAUCUCAGUUGUUUCAAAUAAAUCAUAUUAUUCGAAGAUUUGAUGUCGUUUUAUUUAUAAAUCAUGAUACGGGUUGAUAUAUGUUCAAUCUAGGUACGUUUGUACCUUUGUUUUAAGGUAAUGAGUUAUGCUGGUCAUUUUCACCU